AUGAAGCUCACCUGGGACAUCAACGACCCCAAGCUGCCGCAGGAGCCCAAGCACUUCGACGCCUUCCAGGAAUGGCCCGACGGCUACGUGCGGUUCAUCUACUCCAGCGAGGAGAAGAACGCGCAGAGACACCUCAGCGGCUGGGCCAUGCGCAACACCAACAACCACAACUGCCAGAUCCUCAAGAAGUCCUGCCUGGGGGUGGUGGUGUGUGCCAGGAGCUGCGCUCUGCCCGGCGGAGCCAGGCUGCAGCUUCGCCCUGCCAUAUGCGACAAGGCUCGGCAGAAGCAACAAAAGAAAGCCUGCCCAAACUGUAACUCAGCCCUUGAGCUGAUUCCUUGCCGAGGACAUAGUGGCUAUCCAGUCACUAACUUCUGGAGGCUUGAUGGCAAAGCAAUAUUUUUCCAGGCUAAAGGAGUCCAUGACCACCCCAGGCCAGAGAGUAAAUUGGAGGCAGAGGCAAGACGAAGUGCAAUUAAGAAGCAAAUGUCCUCUUUUCACCAUUCCCAGAAAAAGAGACCUCUAAACUCAGAGGCAGGAAGGUACCACGACAGCGGUGGUUACGCCAAUAACCUACAGAAUCUGCCCUGCAUGGAUGGCCCAGAAAGGGUCGGUAUCAUCACAGACACCAAUUUUUCGAUUCCAGCCCAGUCUUACCCUUCGCUGCAAAACGCUGACCUCUACAAAGCAUCUUACGACUCAGCCAGCUUCCAAGAGGACCAGCUAUCACCAUACCCAAAGUGCCCGAAUCCAAGGAUCUAUGUGCCCAGGCCUUGCAGCUACGAGUUUGGAGUUCCUACCUUUAUAAGCUCCAGCCCUUACCCAACGUUUUACAAAGAUCUGACAAGUCCUGCCAUCGACACAGACCCCCUCAGUUUGAGUGGAUCUCACCACAACGCUGUGACCGCCCACGAUAAGAGCUUCGAUAACCCUGGCAGACAUUACGGACUGAAACCAGCUUGGGGGAAAACCGGCAGCGGAGACCGGAGCGACUAUGGACAGAUGCAAACAAGCGCUAACCACCCUUACUACAGCGGGGACUACCCCUGCAGGUACGGUCCCAGCCCCUCUCCCAUAGCCCCGCCAUUGCAAACGGUCAUCACAACCACCACCAAGGUGUCCUACCAGGCCUACAAGCCAUCCGCGCUGAAAUACAGCGACAACCUCUGCGACAUGAAAAAUCUUCAAAGCUAUACCCACGUGGCAGAAAACGUCUCAGGCGCUAUCUAUUCAGGGAUGAAGAUUCAGGAAGACUUUGGGAUGAUAAAGUCAGCAUUGCUCUACCAGCAUGACCCAGUCCCCACAAAGUCCAAACCAGCUGAGAGUGUGGAGACCUAUCGGUAUGGGCCAUCACAGGGGAACAGCUAUGCCGAGCACGAAGGCCAGACCUUAAGGUUUGAGAGUGCUGAAUAUUGACUAAAUGUUGCCUAACUGGCAAAUAUAUGCAAAUGGGAAAAUACAUUCUCGUGCUGACCAUGUGCAUGCUAAGCCCAGUGGUUUGGGAUUUGAGGAGAGGUAAUGAAGCAGUGCAUCGCAACAGCUUAUCCCCCAAAAGUGCCUUUCCAGAGCUGUGCUAAGUGAAGCAUAUUUUGCAUACAAUUUCAAACCAGCCCCACCUAAUCUCUAAAACGGCACGAGGAGCUGAGCCCCCAACACACCUGGGAGAAGGCAACGUGGAGGCACAGCACCUCUGGAAGUCAACAGCCUCCUCUGACAGCGGGUGCGAUCUGCUUGUAGCCACAACUCCUGCCAGAUGCCUCAAGCUUUGAGGGAAAACAUUCCAUCUGUAAGAAACAAAAUGCUUACCAGGUAAUGGAAAAAAAAAGAUGAAGGAAGCUGGCUACAGAUUAUAGUCAACUGAAAAAAAUGACAGAAAAUGAAAGAAAUGAAAGCAAGACAAUUUGCAGAAUAAUUCACCUGAAUGGUCCAUUCACCUGCUGUGAUCCAUUUGAUGAACAGAAAGACCAGUUAGGUUUCUCUAAAAUGAGAAAUGAAAAACCUACACACUGACUUCAUGUUGCUUUUCAAUCCCCUGCAUCAAGAGUACAGACUGUCCAGCUUUUCUAUGCAAAAAGGAAAGCCCCACUGCCACUGAGAACUGACCCCCUGCAACAUUCAACCUGGAGGCAAGAAGGCUCAGGUGACCCCCACCAAGUAUACCCAGCAUCACGUGGGUGUCAGGGUUACAUAUGUGUUCCUGAAAACCAUUUGCAGUGAAACUGCUUUUUGUCUAAAGGGGUCUGGCAAGCUGGUCAGACCAAUACUGUGCAGGUAUUGCUGCAGAAAUUUCGCCUUACCCACGAAUACAUCUCCAUCCUGUCUAAAAAUGCGACAUCCUAGCUGCUUAGCAGUACAGGUCAGUGUUGAAUGCACCUUCCCUGGUUGCCCUUCUGCACUGCGUCUCCACUAGAUCCUUCUCCUUCCUCCAAGGGACUUCUCCUAGUCAUUUUUCUCUCUGCUAUCGUAACUCCCCAUGACAGCACUGUUCUCCUGGAAAUGGAGCGACCAACAAACCGAGAGGUCAGAGAGCAAAAUUUCCAGACACCUUGAGCUAAACAAAGAAAACAUAAGGACUUGCAUCCCCAGAUUCUUAGCUAAUUGAACUAAUGUUCCAUUAAGCCAGGAAGAAGAAGAAACAGAGGAGUACUGCUAAGUUUAAAACUUAGGUAUUCUGAAAGCUGCCUAGUACUGAGGAAUGGAACCCGGACCCAAACCGUGUGUGCUGAGCAAGGGAGCUAUGUAGACACCGGGGACUGGUCAGGGUGACAAAAUUUCUUCUUCUUCUUAAGUUACUGAGUAUCUUUAACUUCUUGGACACACAAAUAUUUUUUUAAAAAUCUGUUUUAUGUAUAUUUUUGCUAUGUUUUGAGUAACAGCAUGCUACUGUACCCUUUCAAUAAACAUGAAAUCACAGUUAAAAACAAAGCACCAUGUAAGCAGCUGGCUAGUUGGCUUCAACACACAGAACCUUGUAAUGCGAUCAUCAAACUGGUAAACAAAUCUUACUUGCAAAGCAUGGUGUACAAAUACUUGAGUUUUUAAAAUAAUUAUUUCUGGUGUAGUACAUUUUCUUCCUUUUUGUAUUUUUAUGAAAACAAUGCAUGCAGUCUGAUAUGUGAAAUUGAGCCCCACAGGAAUUUAGCUAAUAGCAUCCUGUUUCAGCAUUUUAAAAAUUCAAGCCAUGUGAAGCUGGAAUUUAUAAAAAACCUAAAUGAAUUCAUCUGCAGCAAGCUUACCUUGUCUUUUAGGGUAUUUGCUGUACACCUCACUUGGCUUUUAGUCAAACUCAUGGCAAUUCUUCUACCAGGUGUUCUAAAUUACUGACAAGAACAGAUUCAGGUGAACAACAUCAGUUUGAUAAUUAGCCCAUAUACGAAACUAAAAAAAAAAAAGGAGGGGAAAAAAAAGAACAACCCAAAAAAACCCCAAGUUACCACCCAGAAAGACUGAUGCAAAGUUUUAGUUUAGGAAUAUAUAACACUGUGCCCGUUUACAGAACUGAGAUUUCUCAUCUGUACUCCAAACCAUGUUGAGGCAUUUGGCAUGUAGAAUAAAAACUAAGAUUUACAGCCUUCUAAGUUUAAAAGAAAAAGAAACAUAUUGGAGGGGAAUAAGGCCAAACAAAAUGACUAAAAAAUCUGGAAAGAUUCACAGCAGAUGCAAAGUCAAAGAAAAUUUUAAUGCUGUAAAUUGCUGCAUUUUAUAUUGACUUUAGAGGAGUUAGACAACCACAACUCAAGCUUCAAGUGUAUUAAAACAUUCAGACAAGCUGUGGGGGUUUUGUGCUGUUAAUAUUACUGGUAUAAAACUUCUCAUUGUAGCUGUAUGCUUAAAUCAUUAUGCUAUGCUCUUAAACAUAGCCUUUUAAGCAGAACUCUGUACAUGCAGCCAAUUGUGUUACAAUGCUACUUUUUGGGUGUGGACUUAUUUCUAAUAAAUGU